AUGAACGACGACCACCAGACUUCUGCUCAACCAAACACCCUCAAGCGGGCUCUUUCUCAGUCCACUACUUCCUCUACCUCAUCAACCACCACCAACUCCCACGCUACGAAGGCUAGACAUCACAAAGCAAGCCGCCUGUCCAGCGUAAAACAGUUCCUCCGGUCGCGCUCCCAUUCUCCGACCGCGGCUUCUAUCCCUUCGAAUCGCUCCUCUCCCUCAUCUAGCUUCGACAUUCCUCGAAGCAUUCCUGCAAACUCUACCCCUCGUCGCUCUGCGAGCCCCGUCUCCACCAUGUCUCCUAGCAGAGUCUCCACCGACGACAGCGCGACCAACAAGCGUGUACAUCCGACACACAUGCGCAGAAGCGGCCACGACUACCGUCGUUACAGCGGCACAGUGAACCACUACGGCCGUCACUCGAAUGACUGGCUGUUUGGAGGCUUCAGUCUGCGGGAUACCGUACGAGAUGGAGUGGAUCGUCUGAGACACCAUCAUGCGAAGGAUUGA